GUACUUAGCGCUUAGCUUCCUUCAUGUGCUCCAGCUUCCGCUCGUUGCUGCCAGGUCUCCGCACAGUCGCUGCAAGAUGUCCCCGGUCACAAAUUUGCACGUCCUUGAGAACAUAUGCUACCGAAGCAGCGCCGGAUUAUGACCACAAGCCCUCACAUUAUGGCCAACCACUCUUUCAGUCACACCCCCACCUACUCAGGCCCAAUGAACUCACGCCUGGGAUUCCGUCCGAAGAAUACGAGCGGCGUCGGAAAGACCUCAUGGAUAGCCUACCUAGCAAUAGCGUGGUAGUUUUGAUUGCUGCACCUGUUAAAUACAUGAGCGGAAGACUUUAUCAAGUCUGCGCUGAUUGCUUGCCUAACAUUAUGGCUUCAAGUUACAAAUACCGCCAAGCCUCUGACUUCUGGUAUCUCACUGGUUUCGAAGAGCCCGAUUCCGCUGUUGUCCUAGAGAAGAAUGCGUCUUCUCGAGGAUAUAGGAUGACACUGUUCUCGAACGGGAAGGACUCUGCGAAAGAGAAGUGGGAUGGCCCAAGGACAAGCUUUGACGAUGCUCUGAAUGUUUUUAAAGCGGACGACGCCCUUACAAUUAAGGCUUUUCCGACUCAACUGCGAUCUAUGAUAAGCCUUUACUCUAAUGUUUAUAUUGACCUGCCCCAAUCUCAGCGCAAAAAUGUGCGCUCAACCAAGUCAUUGCUUCGGUACCUUUCGCCUCCUGUCAAUCCUCGGUCAGAGUACGAGACUGUCGUGGAGUCAUUGUCGAGCUCCCGGCGGAAACCUCUUGCUCCUCUCAUUGCCCAAUUAAGAACGUUCAAGAGUGUCUGCGAGCAACAAGUCAUGAGAAUGGCUGCUGACAUUAGCGGCCGCUCCCUUGCAAAGACAAUGCGCUUUACGCGACCCGGCAUCUCAGAAAGUGCACUAGCAGCUCAUUUUGAAUAUUUGUGUAGUCUGUCGGGUUCACAGCGCCUUGCAUAUGUCCCCGUUGUUGCAUCUGGGCCAAAUGCCCUCAUCAUACACUAUACGUCAAAUAAUCAAGUUGUACAAGAUGGCGAGAUGAUUUUGAUGGACGCAGGAUGUGAAUACAACGGUUACGCGUCUGACCUCACUCGCACAUAUCCAGCCAAUGGCUCCUUUACACCUCCGCAAAAGGAGCUAUAUGGCGCGGUGUUGUCCGCACAGAAGGCUUUGGUCGGGUUAUGCACGGAGGCAGAGGGAUUGAGUCUUCAUGAUUUGCAUCGAAAAUCUUGCGACCUCCUCAGACAGGAGCUGAAACAGAUAGGGUUUGCUCUCCAUACAGGAGACCUGGAGAGAGUUCUUUACCCUCAUUUCCUCAGUCAUCCGAUCGGGAUCGAUUUGCAUGAAUCAUCGCAUUCAGACAGAGGAGAGCUGUACGUGGUUCUUGUAGUUUCGUCUUCGUUAGAUCUAGAGUUCAUCAUCCAUUCAAGAUUGAAAGCCGGUAUGGUUAUUACUGUAGAGCCAGGGAUAUAUGUUCCGCCUACCGCUCAGUUCCCAAAGCACUUCCAUAACAUUGGCAUCCGGAUAGAGGACGAGGUCCUUGUUGGCGAGAAACACCCCGUGGUUCUCAGCGUUAGCGCACCAAAGGAGAUUGCAGAUAUAGAGGGUGCAUGUCAGGGACUGUUGGGACUGGAGCCAAUUUGA